ACGAUAAGUGUGAGUCUGGCAGCCGGAUGAGUGUCGCCGGCGUCCACCGUUUAACUCUUUCUCUCUCGCCGAAGUGUUCUCUCCGUACUUUCGGCAUCCCCGCCAAUGGCAAGCGCACUCAAUUUCUGCUACCAUAUAGCUUCUCCGUAGUCCACCAUAGUCACCGGCUGGUUACCUCCUUUAGUCACAAUCACAAUGCUACUAAUAAAUCUGAUGCAGAGUCUGAGCCUUCCUAUGAUGAAGGAGAAAUGUUGGAUAAGAAUAAAAUAAGCAGGAGAAACCCGUUCGUUUCAGAAGAGCUUCUCAAAAAAUUGAAGAGAUAUGGAGUCUCUGGAAUAUUGUCCUAUGGGAUACUUAAUACGGUUUAUUACUCCACAGCUUUCCUCUUGGUGUGGUUUUAUGUGGCCCCAGCACCGGGAAAAAUGGGUUAUCUUGCUGCGGCUGAGAGAUUUCUUAAAGUUAUGGCAAUGGUCUGGGCUGGAAGCCAAGUUACUAAGCUCAUCAGAAUAGGAGGGGCAGUGGCACUUGCACCUAUUGUUGAUCGAGGAUUGUCGUGGUUUACAGUAAAAUGCAAGUUUGAAAGUCAGGGAAAAGCUUUUGGCGCACUGGUUGGGAUAUGUCUUGGUCUCGCUUUGAUGCUGUUUGUUGUUGUGACACUGCUUUGGUCAUAGAACAGAAUAAUAGUUGCGUUUAGUA